AUGAGGCUUCUCUUCGAGAAGGUUCGGCGUCUGGAGAGUGAGCAGCAUCGCAGCCAUCAGUCCCUCUGGGCGAAGCCAAGACCUGGGCCCUUUACUGAACAUAUCCUCAAUUACCACCAGCAGAAGAACAUUAAGCCACUCCAUAUGGCCUUCUACAUUGGCACAGAGGAUCCUCUCACCCAUAUGCACUCCUUCCAAUUUGCCCUCGGAUGCCAGGGCCUUAGUGAUGAAGGCAUGUGCCUCAUCUUCCCUCCCACCCUCAGUGCUACGGCCUUGAAUUGGAUCUACAGACUGAACCCUCGCACCAUUAACUCAUUUGACAGUCUGAAGCAGACCUUCCUGGACCCUUUCAUGAUCCAGACUGAUCGCAUGUACUUCGCAGACGACUUGUACAUGCUUCGGCAGGGUGAGGAUGAACCCCUUAGGGAGUAUGCAGCCCGCUUCAGCCACGAAUACUCUCGUUGUCUAGAGACUGACGAUCGCGCUGCCUUAGGUGCUUUCAAGAUUGGCCUCCGCGAGUCCAACUUCCGUACCUUUGGUGAUCCUCCACUUGCUUCAGUACCCACCCCAGCCCCACCUCAACAUUUUGCCCAGACACCAAGUACUCAGAAUGCCCAGCACCCCAAAAGGAAGGAUAGCUACCAGCCUACCUUCAGCAGUAGCAAGCAGGGCAGACAUGGCAACCAUCACCAUCCCAGCGGAAGCAACCCUCCCAGGACAAGUGAUCGUGCCCCACUCCCCUUCAAACCCAAGCAUAGGUUUGAGGUCUUCACCACCCUGAACACUAUCUUUGAGAAUGUCUUAGUGCACGAGGCACCCAUAAUACCUAAGCCUCCCCCCAGGAGACCGACCAACAAGCCUAUGCUAAACAUAGGUGUCUUCUGCCAUUUUCAUCAGUUCAGUGGCCAUGAUACUGAAUCUUGUGUUGCCUUACGCAACAUCAUUAAAGGACUUAGUCCCAAAGGGAAGCUGGAUAAAUAUGUGAACAACCUCCCACCCCCACCUAAGCAUCACACCCCUUGCAAGGUGCACGGCGACCAACUUGGCGCCAGAAGCUGUUGUGCUUCAGUAGUAAAAUCCACCAAUCGCCAAUAUAGGGGUGAGGCCCUAGCAGUAACCAAGGCGCCAUCCCCUCCUCGAGCUGGCACUGAACGACCCGAAGACCCCAGGGAGGAAUCUGUCACCCAGUAG